UCCAUUCUCAGGAUUUAUCUUCCUCUUAUCUUCUUCACGCCUGCUUUGAAAAAUAAGUUUAAUAAAUAUAUUUUUCAAAAAGUAGUCUGAAGCAGCAACAGAUCCUCAAAGAGCAACAGGAAGUGAUGUAACAGAGCUUCACCAUGUGGCUCUCAGCUUUUCCUUACUUUCACUUUCACUUGCAUUCUGCAGCAGCUGCAGCAGCCAGCCUGUGGUCAGACUCUCCUCUGGAUUUAUCCUGCAGAUCGUCUGCAGCUCUGGGAUCUGCUGAUCGUCCUGCUGAAACAUCUGGAGCUUCGUUCAGGCAGCAGACAUGCAGCCGCUCGUCACCAAUCUGGCGCUGGGGAAGCUGCAGACCUACUUCGCCAUCGUGGUGAUCUUCACCUACAGCAUUCUGCUCAGGAGCGACUUUGAAUGCUCCUGCAAGCCCAGCUGUACUACUGCAUCAUCUACGCCGUCACACCCGGUCUCAUAGCAACCGUCCUGAUGCUGUGUCCAACCGGCUGUUCCAGAGGACCUGCAGCUACUGCUCCAUGUUCAAGAGCUUCAUCUGCUGCCAGGUGUUGAAGGCGGCUCUGGUCGGCCUGCUCUGGGUCGCGUUUCUCCUCAUCGACGGCGACUGGUGGGCCUGUUGCUUCAACACGCUCUCUGAGCAGCAGGCGGCUCUGCCCUGCAAGGCCGCAGCCCACAGGAGCGACAAGGAGAGAGAAACCAUGGCUGCCAUCAAAACCAAGUCCAGGGUGAGCGGCUGCUGGCUGCUCCUCAUCAUCGUUUUCUCCGGCGCCAUGAGUUCCUGGACCCGAUGGAGGAGCCGCUGCAGCAAAGGAGCCACUCAGUACGAAGAAACGCUUUAUUACAAACUGGUUCUGGAGGAGGAGGAGGCGGUUCUGAAGGAGGUUCUGAGGGAGUCCAUCAGAACCAAGCUGACCCAACAGAUCCGGACCACAUGUGAGGACAACUGGAAGGAAUGCUUCAACGUGGCUGAAGAGGUCAUGAAAAACCAGAUGAAGCAACCGGAGAAGAAGGACAAGAACGUUGAACUGAAUCAACUGGAGGAAUCGUCGCGUUUGAGCAGUGAAGGAAGCAUCAUGCUGAGGGACGCUGUCCAUGUGAGGACGGAUCUGUGGCCCUCGAAACGUCCUGCAGCAGGUCAAUCGUUACGUCAACUUGUGGAAACACAGCUGGAGGUCAAAGGUCAAAAGAGGGCGAUGCAGGCUCAGUGA